AUGCCUUCAGAAAUUGGGAAUUUUACUUGGCUUAAACAUUUGUGCCUCGACCAGAACAAAUUUGAAGGUUCCAUUCCUUCAUCACUCUUCAACAUUUCUUCAUUGCAAGUAAUCGAACUUGGAUUCAACAUGCUCUCAGUAGGUCAUCUCUCAUCGUAUAUAUUUGAUCACCUUCCUAAUUUACGAUGGCUUUAUUUGAGUGGGAGUCAAAUUUCUGGAAGAAUUCCAACAAGUUUGUUCAAAUGCAAAAAGUUAGAACAUAUAUACCUGGCUUCUAAUCAAUUGGACGGGACUGUGCCUUUAGAAGUCGCCAAUUUGACUUCACUUAAGGUAUUGAACAUCGGCGCCAACAACUUGACCGGACGCUUUCCAACUGCACCACUUUCAUUGCAUUGGUUAUCUGUUUCAGAGAAUAAUUUAGUUGGAGAAAUGCCUUCCUCAAUUUGCAACUUGAGUUCCCUUCUAGGUCUUAUUUUGGAUGAGAAUAAUUUGGGUGGAACUAUUCCAAAAUGUAUUGGAAACUUGAGCUCUCUCUUAUACAUUGUUCUACGUAAGAAUAAUUUUCAUGGGAAAUUACCUGAAAAUUUUGCUAAAGGUUGUUCUUUGAGAGGUUUUGAGAUCAACAACAACCAAUUAGAAGGAUCACUACCACGAUCUUUGGGUAAUUGCAAAGACUUGGAACUUCUAGAUGUGGGGAAGAAUAACUUGAAUGACACUUUUCCUAAUUGGUUGGGAAACUUGGAUCACCUACAGGUUCUUGUCUUGAGAUCGAAUAGAUUUUAUGGUCACGUAGAUAACUCCAAAGUUACAUUUUCCUUCACUCGUUUGCGUGUCAUUGAUCUUUCUCACAAUCACUUCGGUGGAUGCUUACCGACGAAUUUUUUUGAAAAUUUGCAAGCCAUAAGGGAAAGGUGUGAAAAGAAAGUUAAGCCAGAGUACAUGAUGGAUGCAUCGGCUGAUGGAGUGGUGUAUUAUAUUCAAAAUGUUAUUUUUACAAUAAAAGGGUUGGAAAUAGAAUUUCAGGCACUAUUAACCACUUGGAUGGUGAUUGACUUUUCGAACAAUCAAUUCGUUGGGGAAAUUCCUAAUUCACUUGGUGAACUUCAUUCACUUAUAGUCCUCAACCUCUCUCACAAUAGUUUAACAGGUCCUAUCCCAUCAUCUUUCGGUGAUUUGUCAGAGCUUGAAUCAUUGGAUCUUUGA